AGCGUGAAGAUCCUGACGUACCGAGAGCCUCAGAACCGAGAGUACAGAGAGUUUGUGAGCGACCUGAAGACCGACGCCAUGGAGAUGUUCAACUACACCGUGGAGGACUCUCUGAUGAACAUCAUAGCCGGAGGGUUCUAUGACGGUUUGAUGCUCUUCACUCACGCUCUGAAUGAGACCAUGUCCAUGACGGGCGGACGUCCCCCGGGGAAAGUCGUCACCACGAGGAUGUGGAAUCGAACGUACCACGGUGUGACGGGGUUGGUCCACCUGGACGAGAACGGAGACAGGGAGACGGACUUUGCUCUGUGGGACAUGAUCGACACCAACACCAGCGCCUUCCAGAUAGUUUUGGUUUACAACAGCUCAGAGGAGCAGCUGACGGCCAUCCCUGGAACUUCUCUUCACUGGCUGGGCGGAGUUUGUCCUCCCGAUGUUCCAGUCUGUGGCUUCAAAAACGACUACCCCAUCUGCCUCGCAAAGACGAUCACCAUCCACCAGAUGCUCUCCAUCAUCCUCUUCUUCAUCUUCAUGAUGACCGUCACCGUCACCGUCUUCAUCUACAGGAGGAUGAAGCUGGAGAAGGAGCUGGUGGCUCAGCUGUGGAGGAUUUCUGGGACGACACUCCAAAUGAGCAACAUGGACAAAGUGCUGCGGAGCGGCAGCAGAUCUAUCACACUGUCACUGAGAGGCUCAAACUAUGGCUCCCUGAUGACCGGAGAUGGGAACCUGCAGGUUUUUGCAAAGACCGGAUACUUUAAGGGGAACAUCGCAGCCAUCAAAUACACCAACAAGAAACGCAUCGAGCUGAACAGGAUGGUCCUGUUUGAGCUCAAACACAUGCGUGACGUUCAGAACGAACAUCUGACCCGGUUCAUUGGAGCGUGCAUCGACCCUCCAAACGCCUGCAUCAUCACCGAGUACUGCCCGAGAGGAAGUCUGCAGGACAUCUUGGAGAACGACAGUAUCACUCUGGACUGGAUGUUCAAAUAUUCUCUGAUCAACGACAUCGUCAGGGCAUGGUGUUUCUGCACAACAGCCGUCAUUGUCUCUCACGGUAAACUCAAGUCGUCCAACUGCGUAGUGGAUAACCGCUUCGUCCUGAAGAUCACCGACUACGGUCUGUCCAGCUUCCGAUCCGACUGCGACUCAGGGAAAGACGCUCACGCUUACUACGCUCAGCGGUUGUGGAUGGCUCCAGAGCUGCUCAGGAUGGAGUCCUCUCCUCCCUCAGGGACGCAGAAAGGAGACGUCUAUGGCUUUGGCAUCAUCCUCCAGGAGGUGGCGCUGCGCAGGGGAGCUUUUUACCUGGAGGGAGAACCGCUGAGCCCUAAAGAGAUCGUGGACCGGGUGAUUCUAGGCGAGUGGCCCUGCCUCAGACCGAACGGACCACAGAGUCACAGUCCUGAGCUGGGUCAGCUGAUGCAGCGCUGCUGGGCCGAGGAGCCGACGGAGAGACCCGAGUUCAACCACAUCCGGGUGCUGUUGAGGAAACAGAACAAGGAGUCGAGGACGAACAUCCUGGAUAACCUGCUGUCCCGUAUGGAGCAGUACGCCAACAACCUGGAGGAGCUGGUGGAGGACCGGACUCAGGCGUACCAUGAGGAGAAACGCAAGGCUGAGGCCCUGCUGUACCAGAUCCUGCCCCACUCAGUAGCUGAACAGCUGAAGCGAGGAGAGACGGUUCAGGCCGAGGCCUUCGACUCUGUCACCAUCUACUUCAGUGACAUUGUGGGUUUCACCGCCAUCUCUGCGGAGAGCACGCCGAUGGAGGUGGUGACUCUGCUGAACGAUCUGUACACGUGCUUCGACGCCAUCAUCGACAACUUUGACGUUUACAAGGUGGAGACCAUCGGUGACGCCUACAUGGUGGUGUCGGGGCUUCCGGUGAGGAACGGGAAGCUGCAUGGGCGGGAGGUCGCCCGCAUGGCGCUCGCACUGCUGGACGCCGUCCGGACCUUCAGGAUCCGCCACCGAGCUGAGGAGCAGCUGAAGCUGAGGAUAGGGAUACACAGCGGUCCCGUGUGUGCAGGUGUGGUGGGUCUGAAGAUGCCACGUUACUGUCUGUUUGGUGACACCGUCAACACGUCGUCUCGUAUGGAGUCCACAGGAGAAGCUCUGAAGAUCCAUGUGUCGGCGGCGACUCAAGACGUCCUCCUGGAGUUCAACUGCUUCCAGCUGGAGCUGAGAGGAGAGCUCGACGUCAAGGGCAAAGGAAAGAUGACCACCUAUUGGCUACUGGGAGAGAGCGAGAGCCAAUGACAUCACCAGGAACAGGAGGAUGAUGGAGGACAGGGAGGAGGAGGAGGAGGAGAUGAAUCUAAUGAAGGAACUUAAGUAGUGAUGGUUUCCCGUGUCUUCGUCUUCGUCCUACAGAUCUGUCGGAGGACUCGUCACCUCCUGGGUGUUUUUAAGUUUCUGACUUCACAACAAGGAGAGGGAGAGUCUCGGUACAUUCACCACAAACAUGAAUAAACUGUAUCAAUAAUGAACUAAAGGAGGAGGAAAAACAAGUGUCGGUGACUGAUAGAAGCCUGAUCCAGGAUUCAGACCGGACUCACAGAAGGCGUCCCACAGGGAAGUGUUUAAAGAGAGAAACAGUUCACCAGGAGGACUCUUCAGAGAGGGGAACAUCUCACCUUGAUGGUUUAGAGCCAGAGUCUGUACCAGAUCAGCUGGUGGAGCCCAAGAGACAAACUCCAAAAUGCAGGAGUGUGAAAAACACGAAGUUCCUUUAGUGUCCACUGGAUGCUGGCUGCAAAAGCUGAGGAAUCCCCAUUAGGCCUCAUGUUAAAAUGCCAACAUGUUCUCUGCGUAAGUCAUAUUUCAUGAUGCAUUGAAUUAGAUUUUUAUCAUAUUUAUAAAGUUGUAUCAUCAGGGCCACGACUGAGUCCACCUCUUUGCCUGUGGUCAGCGUUUCCAAUAUGGCAGCAGCUGUCGUUUAGCUUCAAAACUCCUCUGUAGAAACCGACAGGUGACCUCACUGAGCCAGGUUUUAUACGGUCUACGGUGGAGUCGCAGUAUCGACGUCACACUCCGUUCUUUAGCUGAACAAAACACACAUUUAACUGACUGAUAUAACGUUGGAUAAUGUGGGUCCAGUCCACAGCAUCACAGAUUCAGUGACACUCAGUGUUAUGAGAUGUAGCCGUAAGACUUCUCUCUUAUAAGUCACCAAACCUCACAGACAAAGAGGUCACUUUAUCUCCCCGCACACGAGCUGCUGCCUCGACUCUUUAGUCUCUGUUAUGGAAGUAUUCUGCAGGGUCCAGAGCAAAACCACACCAUGACACCUACUUACCAACAAACGUCAGCAACACAAAACCCCUCACUUUACAGAGAGAAAGCCAAGGAGCCAAAGCAUGUCCUUAGGUGAUCAUUGACAUCAUGCUUAUCGAGCAAUGAAAGGUCUAAGAUCCCUCAGGUUGUUAAGGUAAGAUAAGACAGUGAGGUAAAGAGUGAGGUAACAUACAAUAAGGUAUAAGAUGUAUUUUAGUACUUUAUUUUUAUGUAGAAAGUGAGCUGUGUACCUUAUACACCAGUGUGACAUGCAGAGAGGUAUUUUAUUAUAUUAGUGUUUCAUCCAGAUGUCAUUAUAAUCCAGAUAAACCGCCACCAUCACCCGCUGCACAUGAUCCACCAUGGCCCCACUUUACUCAUGCAUUUAAAGGAAACUGUGAUAAACUAAGCUGCCUCAUUUGUAAUCUAGAAUUGAGUUUACUCUCUACUAACGUUCGGACGUUGCACCAGCUGAGAUAGCUCCAAUGUUAGCAUAAGUUACACCUUAAAUAUGACAGCUCGCUCUGAGUAAAGUCCUCCCUAAUAGACCGGGUGUCAUGGCGCUCUUUUUUUAAAGACAGGAUCAUUUGAAGGAUGAGGAGAAGCAGCUGUGAUGUGUCGACAACACGCUCUCUGUGUUUGAUCACAUGAAGAAUAAACAUACGAUGAUGCACAGAUAAGCACCUAGCAUCUGCACAACAUUAGAGUACUGUUAUAUUAACGUGCCGUAUGUUGUAGUUCGGGAUUUCACCACUAAAUGUCACUGUUGUUAUUUUACACUAUAGAUUAAUUAUCACCAUAUGAACAUGCUUUGACAUAGUUUACCUUUAUGUUGCUGUUUGUGGAUGAACAGGAGUUAUGGCAGGUAUGAUUAGCCCUUAGCUUGUUUAGAUGCAACAAGGUUACAGGAGUUAUGAAAGAAGCUGUUCUCUAAUUGGUCAAAUGGAGUGAAAACGUCAUUUCUGGAACAAUAUUUAGAUCAGUUUGGAUGUUACGGUCUGCCUGUGAAGAUGAAAUUAACGUCUCCGUGAUGAAACCAAACCACAAAACAACUUAAGUUACAAACUAACUCAUUUAACAUUUGGUUUAGUGACGACUUUAAAUGCUAACUUAUCCAGAGCUGCUGCAACAGACCACGGGAGGUGGGCGGAGCCAAUCCAGGUGGGUAUGGUCUGCAAAAGUGACCGUUGGUUGAUCACAACAGGUAGCUAGCAGGAUUGCAGACUCCACAUGGUGAAAACAGAAGGUACCAGAAAGAGCUACACAGCUGCACUGGAACUGCACAUUGCUGACUUUGCUGAGUGGAAAACCUUCACACAGAAUGAGAAUUAAAAUCUUAUUCCCUCUGAGAGAGCUUAAGAGAAACAUGACGGCUAGCUUUUCAAAGUUUGGGAAUCUCAAUCAUCCGUCUGAGUUAGCUGUAUUGGAAAAAAAGUUCUGUAUCAUACGUGCAAAUGUUUCACUUUUUGUAAUAAAAGCUGAAAUUACUGAAAACUUCUAAAUCUUGUGAGGGAACACCUCGAAUGCCCGUUCGUUUCCAAAUCUUUGCAAAGAUUGACUCAAGUAUCACAGCAGCAGUUUAAAGGAGCUGAAGACUAUCGGGGAUCAAACCUGUGAUGUCGCAGUAAUGAGACACUCUCCAAACGUCUCAACGUGAGGACUGAAAGUGUCUGAGCGGAGAUGAGGAAGACGAGGAGGACGAUGAACAGAAAAGCCUCAAAUGUCAGUGUGUCUAAAUGUGUGAGAAACCUCUGCUAUUUUUAUAUAGUGCCAUCAGAGAGUGUAACACGUGGAGGCUGUGACUGAAACAUGUAACGUCGUCUUCACAGCUCACCUCCGUCUGCUCGUUGGCGUCCUGCUUUCGUUUCAGAUCAUUUUGUAAAAUCAGUUUGAAUGUUCUUCUUUGUCGUUUUCUCUCGUGUUGCACUUCCCCUUCUGUGCCAUUUUGCAUCCCCGCAGUAGUCUAGACGUUCGCUUUGGUUCAUGUGAGUAUUCAGAAAACGAGCCCUGACUUCUCAGCGGGGAUCGAACCAGCAGUGUUUGUUUGUACUGACCUAUAGUGACCUGAAUAAAGUCCUGUGCAGA